AUGAAAAUCAUACCCACAUCAGUCCAAUUCUUUGCCUGUUUGUGCGUGUUGAUUAGUGCUUGCGCGUCAUUGUUGGAGCUCUUGCCAUUCCUCUUCGAGUCGAGUGCUCCAACGACCGAUCAUGUGCUUUGUUGA